CGCGUCCGUUUGGCAAACUGCUCUGGCAGUCCACAGUUAUCACAAUGGCUUCCGUAAGAGACACAGCAACUUUCUUCACUGAGGGUUCUUCAAACCAAUUUGAUCAUGUUUUGAGUUUAUAUCCCGAAGCACUCAGACUCAAAGCUGAAACGAAGGCUAAGAAACCAGAAGAACUCAUAAAAUUGGACAAUUGGUACCAGAAUGAACUACCAAAGAGAAUAAAAAGCCGAGGAAAGGAUGCUCACUUGAACCAUGAAGAAUUAGUACAAACAAUGAAAUGGAAACAAACUCGAGGAAAAUUCUAUCCUCAAUUAUCCUAUUUGGUGAAAGUGAACACGCCUCGAGCAGUAAUGCUGGAAACAAAGAAGGCUUUCCGCAAGCUGCCUAAUUUGGAACAGGCAAUCACUGCGCUGAGCAACCUCAAAGGCGUUGGGACAACUAUGGCAUCUGCUCUAUUGGCUGCAGCUGCGCCAGACAAGGCUCCAUUCAUGGCUGAUGAAUGUCUUAUGGCUAUACCCGAAAUAGAGGGCAUUGAUUAUACUACAAAGGAGUACCUCAAUUUUGUUCAACAUAUUCAGCAAACUGUUGAAAGGCUGAAUUCAGAAGGAUCCCCUUCUACAUUAUGGAAUCCCCACAAUGUUGAACUUGCCUUGUGGACGCAUUAUGUGGCAUCAGAGCUGAAACCAGAAAUGCUAGACUCUAUCCCAUCAGCUGUCAAAAAUGGAAAAGUCGCACAUCAGAAUGGUGAUGUUGAAUCUCCUGCUACGAAGACACCAGUGAUAGAUCCCAGCUCAGAAGACAGCAAUCUGGAUCCUGCUAAUAAUGGCAAGUCAGGAUCCGCCUCAGUGACAGCCUCUGACACUAAUGUGGAUGAGAACUCAACCACUUCAUUUACCGAAGAUUCAAUGGACAAACCUCUGACACCUGCAUCUUCAGGACCUGUUGCUGUAGAACCAGAAUCAGCAUCAAAUGGUGCUGGUGGGGAGGAAACUAAUGACUCCAUUGCUACCUCAGAUUCUGCUACAAAUGAUUCAACUGUUUUAGAAACUCCAAUUGCAGCUCUCAGUCAAGGGUCAGCGACUGAGGAGGAAGAGUCAAGGAGCAGUGUGAUUGAAACAACGGAAGAAAGCACUGUUGAAACCGAGAAGAGAAAGUCAGAUGAUAGUGAGGUACCUGUGGCCAAGAAGUUGAAAACAGAUCAGGAUGAGGAAGUGCAACCACAAACCAAUGCAGAAGUGGUGGAAGAAGCGAAGUGACAUAGUCUCAUGACUUGUCACAUUAAACUAUGUAGGAACAACUUGAAUUUAUUUUAUUCGUUUUUCUUUAGUGAGGAAGACCAAGAAACGGGACUUGAAUAUUAUAAAAUUAACACCAUUUGGAGUUUUCCCCUUUUAAAUAAAAAUGUGUAGGAAAAGUUAUUGAAGAACAGCGUUCCUUUCUGAGUAAGCAAGCUGCAUGGAUGUGUGAAUCUCUCUUGAUGCGUAAUCUUAAAAUGGUAGUGCUUUCUGGACAGUCUCCUCUUAAAGAAAAUCAUGUUUGUAUGAAGUGACGGCUCGUUGUGAGAAUUAAUUAUAUCUACGUAUUAAAACAGUGAUAAUUUAAGUGAACGGUCUGCACAUGCUCGGCUUACAUCUCAUCAACUCUGAAGGCUGAAUACUGGCGUCAUAUUUUUGUAUAAGGCCAGAAAUUGAUUGUGGCAAUGUCAAGGAUGAAAGUAAGCAAUGGCCUGGAAAGGAGUUUUUUCUUCUUCUUUUUUUUUCCCUUUUUAAAAAAAAUUUGUUUAUGACCAAUACGGUUGUGUAUUAGAACAAACUAUUCAAUAUUCCAACUUGAGGUCACUUGUUGAAAAACAUAGUUGGAAUACUUACAUAGAAAGGUGCUUUUCUUUUCACUGAUGUUUUUAAUUGGAGCAGGGCUUUUUGAAUUGUGAAGUAUAAUUUUCUCUUAUGAAUCAUUUUAAGGGGUAUUCAACCAAGUUGACUGAAUUUCAUGUGACAUUGUUUAAGUGGCAAUAUUUCUGUUUGUUUGGCUGAUGUUUGAUGUGAUACCUUCAUGAUAAGCUAUUCUAUCUUACAUGACAUAUACCUAGCAUGAAUCAGAUUUGAAGGCAGGAGUUUUAUGGUCAGUCGAAUACUGCUGACUUCCCCAAUUUUUUUGCACCCAGUUGCAAAUAUUUUCUAUUAGCAUUUCCAUGUUCACUCAGAUAUUCAAUAGGUCCAUGUUCACUUUUUUUUUUCUGUGUUCAGGCUUUUAAUUUAAUUAGGUUUAUGAACUGGGGUCACUUUUCUAAACCCACAUAUUUUCCACUUCUUUUUUUGUAAGUCUUAUGUUUACAGCUGUCAUUUCUUUUAUGUCUAAAGAAAAAUAGUUGUUUUCUUAUAACAGCAGUAUUUUAUGAAUUUCUUUAAGAUUUGAAUGACCAUGUUGCCUCUGGAUGUUAUAUUUCCUUUGUUUUACUGAAAUACGAAGCAAGAUUGAAGUGCUGGUUCACUUUAUGUAUUUGCUAGUGAUAAUGGCGCAUGGUCACCACUACUUUUUAUUUUGUCUUUUUGGUAACUAGCAAGAUUUUUUGAGCAUUCACUAGUUUUUUACAAGAUUUGUCAUCAACAUGUAAAGUAAUGAUUUUUUCUUAAUUGGUUUCUGGACCUCUCAUCUAUAGAGAUGUAUGCUCAGACCGUUCAUUAAUGCCUUGAUUUGGGCUUCAUCAGUUAUGAAAUUCCCUCUGCUAUAUCUAUGUCAACAUUGUUGAAUGCUUAUUUAUUUUUAAUGUGUGAUUGUAGUGGUUUUGAAAGUCCUGCUUGUCCCCAUCUCUAAUUGAUUGAACAUUCCAUUUGCGUGUGGGUUGGCAUGAAUCAUAUGAUUUGUUUACGCAGAAAGAUUUUGUUUUGCUAUCUACCUGCACUAGCAUCUGGAUUGCUGUUCCAUCACUCUAAGAGUGCAUUGAACUGGUCAUUGGCUGUCCUUACCUCUCCCAAGCUGACUUGAGAAUCAUUUGUGUAUUUAUUUUCUAGUUAGUAGAUAUGUCAAUACGUAGUUUCUCCUUUUGUUUUCUCAAGAUCAAGGGUUGGGGAGUCAAGAAGCCUUUGAAAGCUUCCAUGCUUAGUAUGAAAUUUGCAUGUUUAUUAUUAUAUUUUUGACGGUGGUUCAGUGAUGCACUGCCUACGUUAAGUGUUUUCUGCAAAUUUAUCCGGGAAAGUUAGCAGUGUUCAGGGUUGUUCCUCCCAUUUGGGAUCAGUCAUGUUCUAAACAGUGUUACAAUUUUCCUUUUUUCCUUUAAUACUAUUAUACCUCAUACAUUGUCAAAUGAAUAGUACCAAAUUGUAUUCUUUAUACUUCAGCUACAUUGUGUUGACUAAAAGGUCACAUUGUGCCUUCUGCUCUCAGUGGGAUGUAUAAAUAAACCAUUAUGUAAACAUGUGACUUAUUUCAGUUGUAAGCAUUUUCAUUGUUAUUUGGUGUGCAUUUUCGUAACUCAUGAGGUAUACAUUGUGUGUUGAAAAUACAUGAUUUUAAAAUGAAA